CACUUCACAAUUCAGUAUUCUCCAGUUAGCGCACAUGCGCCGAGAAGACCGCGUUUGUUCGCAGUUCAUAUUCUUGUCGUAUUCCUACAUUGACGUCAAGCGUAUUUUCGUUUUUGUUGAGUCGAUCGUAAAAAUGCUAACGAAAAGUAAUUUAUUUGUGUAAAAGUUUUCACUCAUCUACAACGAUGUUGCGUUUGUUCCAUUAAAUAUUCUAUAAGUUAUUGAAAUUUACGGCGAAUUUGUCACGCGGCCACGUGUGUUGUGUUUACCGGCGUCAGUGAUUGAUUUUUUUGCGGUAUGGGCGAAGAAAUCCAAACGGAAGACGGAACAGUGACAUUAAAACGUAAAAUUACGCUUUUUAAUGGCGUAGGAAUUAUUAUUGGAACGAUUAUAGGGUCUGGAAUUUUUAUAUCUCCCACCGGUGUUUACUCCUAUACUGGGUCGGUAGCGGCAUCACUCCUAAUAUGGCUGAUCUGUGGUCUCUUAUCAACAUUAGGUGCACUAUGUUAUGCGGAGUUGGGGACUUCCAUAGCGAGAUCUGGCGGUGACUACGCCUAUAUUUACACGGCCUUCGGGCCUUUACCGGCCUUUCUUAGAAUGUGGAUUGCGCUACUUAUAAUUAGGCCCACGACGCAGGCAAUUGUUGCCCUGACCUUUGGGAAUUAUGUGGUGAAGCCUUUCUACCCUGAAUGUGAACCGCCGGAAAACGCGGUGAAGCUUCUUGCGGCGGUGUGUUUGUGUAUACUGACAGCAAUAAAUUGUAUUAGUGUCCGUUGGACCAUGCGUAUCCAGGAUGUCUUCACCACAUCGAAGCUGUUGGCCCUUAUUGUUAUCAUCAUAUCUGGAUUUUAUUAUAUUGGCAUUGGGCACACAGAAAACUUUCAGAAUGCCUUCGAAGGGAAAUAUGGUGCUGGAGAUAUUGCUUUGGCGUUCUACUCCGGCCUCUUCGCUUUUGGUGGCUGGAAUUACUUGAAUUUCGUCACUGAAGAGCUGCAGGAUCCGUAUAAAAAUCUACCUCGCGCAAUAUGGAUCGCGAUGCCAAUGGUAACUAUAAUCUAUGUGCUGGCGAACCUGGCCUACUUCGCUGUUGUCACCAAAAUGGAGAUGAUGUCUAAUCCUGCGGUUGCUGUGACCUUUGGCGACCGUCUUUUUGGUAGCUGGAGUUGGGUUAUUCCUAUAUUCGUGGCUUUAUCCACCUUUGGAGGAGUCAAUGGCGUUCUCUUUACAUCAGCGAGAUUAUUCGCAACGGGAGCACAGGAGGGACAUAUGCCGGCGUUCUUCUCUCUAUUCCAUAUUGAGAAACAGACUCCCAUACCAUCACUUAUAUUCACGUGUUUCUUUUCCUUGCUGAUGCUGACAACCAGCAACGUAUUCGACCUCAUAAACUACUAUUCGCAAACGUUAUGGCUAUCAGUUGGUGCAUCCGUUGUCGGAAUGCUCUGGCUUCGUCAUACAAAACCCGACCUGCCCCGACCGAUCAGGGUGAAUCUUGCCAUCCCUUUCAUAUUCCUCUUCGCGAUCGCCUGUCUCGUUCUAAUCCCAGUCGUAACUAACCCGAAAGAUACCGGUAUCGGUUUAGGUAUACUCUUCUCGGGAAUACCGGUUUAUUAUCUAUGCGUGAAAUGGAAAAAUAAACCUCGGUCCUAUCAUACGUUAUCCGGUUGUGUUUUAAGGUUCCUACAGAAAUUGUGUUCUUGCAUUUAUGUAGACUCGUUGGAGAAAAUGUCGACUGAUAAAUAAUUUAAUAUAGUGCUGUACCCUCUUAUUUAUAGUCACGUAUUUUAUGAUUUUCUUUUAUUAUAAUUCCCCGACUAUGCAGUCGUCGGAGGUGUUUUAUGAUUCAAAGGCGAGACUUAAACCUAAGUAUGACAUACGCAAAAAAUGUAUUGAGUUUGACAGUCAUAGUGAAGUCUCGAUUCUGAAUCUUACCCGCAAUCUUAUGCUAAAACCGGUAUUAUUACCGGUACAUGUUAUUAUUAAGCGCCAAACUGAACCGAUUUGACGGCCCUCAAAAUGAGUUUGUGACUAAUUUGACGCUACGAUUUAAUCUCGAGACUUAGCGUAUGACGUCAUUCAAACCCAAGACGGCCCUUAUAUAUAAAAAUUAAAUGAGUAAUUGCACCGUUGUAACUGAAGUAGUCUGUCUCUUUCCGUCACGGCGUAAACACAAUUUGAUAGAAAGGGACAAAACUUAUCUUUUACUGAAAAAUUAUAUGAAUUUUUAAACGUGAGAUAUUUAUAAGUAAGAGGGUUUUUGCAGACAAAGUGAAACUCGAAUCAGUAAAAGUAAUUCUUAGCAAAUAUUCUCAGCACGUGUACCCAUAUUUUUAUAUAAAAAAUAAAUGUAUAAAACAGUAUCACUGCGAUGACGUCAUACCUUGAUACUAACUAAGGAAGUUAUUCCGGCCGCUAAGGAUAUAUAAAACUUCUCGAUCUUAGUCAAUGGUGCUGUCGAGCCAGUCAGUGAUUAGUCUGGUCGAGGAUCCUCUCUAGAUUGUAGGGACAGUACAACUUCCUUCCUCCACAAAAGCAACAUGUCAAGUGUAUAUAACGAAACUAUAAUAUUUGAUGUGAAACUUCUUUAGGCGCCAUUAAGGUUAAUUUUACGGAUGAAACGCAAUAAUAAUAUUAGUUUCACGAAGAUGUACACAUCUUCCUACAGGAAAGAGAGAGAGAGCGAUUGAGAGAGAGUGAGAAAGGGAGAUCGAGAAAUAAAACACGCUAUUGGUUAAAGUAUUCGUUUAGUUGUUUUAUUAGAACUUUAAAUGGCAAUUCUGUCGCAUAACGUCUUGUGCAGUAAUCUUUUAUUUAUUUAUAUUAUCAUUAGCACGUAUACAGUGUGUAAACACUGUGAAUAUAGAUAUACAAAUACAUGGAGUGAUCAUAUACUGGUACAUGAUCAUCUAUUGGGGCUUUUACCUUAGUAAUAAUUUAUUUACAAAGAAGUUUCACUUCUGACAUUUGUACUUUGUAUGUACGUACUUUUUUUACGUAUAAUACGAAUGAUCUUCACGUGCUGUGAAAUAUCCGAUGUCUUAAGCAUAGGUCACAUAAUAUUUGGACCUAAAAUUACAUCGUAGAUAAUAUUUUGUAUAAAGUAACAAUAUACGAAAUAUAAUUGAAAAAUUUCUGUAACUAGUAAGACACAAAAAUAAGUGACAAUUGACAUUAAAAAGAAAAUAUUUUACCGAUGUUUUAACGGCCCACAUGACCUGUGCUUUCAACAUCUUUAAUUGUAACUAAAAAGCUGUAUCGUAAAUGGACCAAUAUUAUAUCCAUUAUGCAUUUAACUUUUUUAAAUAAACUAAAAUAAUUUCUAGAGAUUUUUUAAAUAAUCACUAGAAUGAAAUUAAUUCGACGUUUUUAGUCCGAACAUGUGGACAUUUUAGAUGUUUUUUUUUGUAUAAUAACGAUUACUAAUUAGUAUUUUGUACGGCUUAUCCAGACUUAUUAAUCGUAAGAAAUUUUUAUACAGAGUAUAAUGGUUCAUUUACAUAAAAAUUAUGCGUUACUUGGGACUAUUAAAAACUAAAUCAGUAUGAUUAAACUGUUUUAACUUAAUCCUUAAUCUUGCUUCGGAUAAAACUAAUUUCCUCAUUAAUAAAAGGUGUCCUCAUACCUCAUCUGUCUCUCGUCAUCGCAGCGUAACCCCCAUUUGACGGGAAGUAACAUAAUAUUGCUUUAAAAUAGCUCAAUUAGACUGAUUUAGUUUUAUGAAUGGUUGAAAUAUUUCGUGAAUUGGUGAAAAAAACCCUAAUAAACGACAUUUUCAUGUUUAAGCAUUUUAAUAUGGAAACAUCACUUACGCGUAAAUAAAGCUUAAAUUAUUAUAUAAAGUAUAAUUUACUUGAUGUAUUAAGAUGUUUUUAAUAUAUGGUUCUUUUACUUAAAUGUACAUAUAUUUACAGAAACAUUUACACUAAUAUUUAUAGGUGUUAGACGUAAGUGAACAUUCCUAAUUAUACUCAAACAUGUGUAAUCUAUGGGCAAAAAAUGGCCGGCUUAAAUUAUCUACUGUAUCUGGGAAGUUCCUAGUUAGGUGUAUUUAUGUAAAAAAAUGAAUUUAAUUCCAUAUAAACAUAACAAAUUCGCACCAUAUAAUUGAGAGGUAAAUCGCUGGUUGUUUCUGUCGAAUUGUGAAAAAAUAUAAUACAGUGUUACCAGAUUCACUGUUAUAUUUGGUUUACUCAAUAAUUUGUACCUAAUUUAAUUUAUAUUUAUUUUAAGACAUUCCCUAUAUGCGGGUUUUAUAUACACAAUUUUAUUUUCAAACGUUCUAAGAUACUCAUAAAUGGACUAUAAUGUAUUAGAAAAUGCUUACUGGCUAUUUAUAUGCCACGUUACGCAAUAUAACAGCUAAUAAAUGUAAAAACAAAUUAUUAUAUUUACGAAAUCAUGUAUGGAAAUAUAAAUUAUU